AUGGCGAUCCCUCUGGUAAUUGCACUUGUCGUCGUCUUCUCCUUCAUGGAAACCACCGUCGCUACAACGUAUAAUGUCAGAACAAUGGGAGCCAAAACCAACGGGAGAACAGACUCAACCAAAACAUUCAUGGCUGCAUGGUCUGGUGCAUGUGGCUCAUCCAAACCUGCAACCAUUUACGUCCCAAACGGAAGGUAUUUAGUUGGUGGGUUACGCUUCAGUGGUCCAUGCAAGAACAAAGCUAUCACCAUUCGUAUCGAUGGCACCCUUGUGGCUCCUUCCAAUUAUGUCGCUGAGUAUUGGCUUCGGUUUAAUGUAGUUGAAGGAGUAACAAUUCUCGGUGGCAUUCUUGAUGCUCAGGGUGCUGGUUUAUGGGCUUGUAAGGCUUCCCGAAGAAACUGCCCCUCCGGAGCAACGAGUUUAGCGAUCUUCAACUCUAAAAAUGUUGUGGUGAGUGGGUUGAGUUCAUUGAACAGCCAAAUGUUCCACAUCGUGGUGAACGGUUGCAAUAACGUGAAGGUGGUUGGGGUGAACGUGGUGGCGCCGUGGAACAGUCCAAAUACUGACGGCAUCCACGUGCAGUUGUCCACCGGAGUAUCAAUUUUGAACUCCAAAAUCAGCACCGGUGAUGACUGUGUCUCCAUUGGCCCUGGUACAACCAAUCUAUGGAUCGAAAAUGUCGCUUGUGGGCCAGGACAUGGCAUUAGCAUUGGAAGCUUAGGGAAGGACUUAAAAGAAGAAGGGGUGCAGAACGUGACAGUGAAGAGGGUUACUUUCAAAGAUACAGAUAACGGGCUGCGGAUCAAGGCAUGGGCGAGGCCGAGCAGUGGUUUCGUUAAUGGCGUUCUUUUCCAGAACGCCGUCAUGACCAACGUCGAGAACCCAAUUGUCAUCGACCAAAACUACUGCCCUGGAAGCAAAAACUGUCCUCGUCAGGUUUCGGGUGUGAAAAUAAGCAACGUGAAGUAUCAAGACGUGCAUGGGACAUCAGCGACGAAGGUUGCGGUGAAGUUUGAUUGCAGUAAGAAGAAUCCAUGUAGGGGAAUCACGAUUCAAGAUGUGAACCUGAGCUUCAAGAACCAGCUUCCGGCGUCUGCAUAUUGCGUUAAUGCAGCAGGAAGAGCUUCCGGCGUUGUUAAACCCACAAGCUGUUUGUAGAGUAAGGUUUGUUGCCUGAGCCCGUGGCCGGAGAAUUUUGUUUUAAUCGCCUGGCUUUGCACCGAUGUUUCAUUGUUUAGUGGUAGGGUUUGUUUCAGAGUGUUAUAAAUUGGGGUUUUGGUGUUGUAUGUAAAUGUUGAUUGAAGAUAUUCUCAAUCUUAUAUUCCUAUUGGUGCAACC